AUGGGUCUUUAUGCAGACGCUGGCCUGAUUAACAUUGCCAAACAGCUGUUUGAGCAAACUCCCCACAGAGACGUAGUCUUAUGGACUUCUCUGGUCUCGGCUUAUGCUAAAUGCGGCCUGCCUGAUGAAGCACGCCAUGCUUUUGAUCAGAUGCCCGAAAGGAAUGCCGUGUCAUGGGCUGCUGUCAUCUCUGCUUACUCUCAGGGUGCGCGUCACAAGGAAGCUUUAUUGGUAUUUGAUGAGAUGCACUAUGCUGGAGUUGAGCCCACUGAGGCUACGCUUAUCUCUGUACUCUCCUCUGCAGGAUAUAUUGGUGCUCUUAAGGAAGGAAAGUGGGUCCAUGAUUACGUUAUUCACAACCAGAUCUUUUUAACUGCCAGUCUUGGCACUGCACUUCUUAGCAUGUAUGCCAAGUGUGGUUGUAUUGAUGAUGCAAUUCAAGUUUUUGCUGGAAUGCCUCAGCGGGAUGAACUUGCUUGGACAACCAUGAUCUCAGCACUCGCGAUGCAUGGACAAGGAGAGCUAGCGCUUGUUCUUUUUUAUGAGAUGCUUAGCCUUGGAUUGAGACCGGACCAUGUUACAUUCGUUGGGGUCUUAAGUGCAUGUAGCCAUGCUGGGUUAAUCGAGGAGGGCCGCUAUCAUUUUAAGUGCAUGAAAGAUACGUUUAGAAUUGAACCCAGAGUAGAACACUUCGGGUGCAUGGUUGAUAUUCUAGGCCGAGGUGGAUAUGUUGAGGAGGCUUGGGAUUUUGUCCAAGCCAUGCCCAUGGAACCAGAUGUUUUGGUGCUCAAGAGUCUUCUUAGCGCUUGUGCUAGUUAUGGUAGAGUAGAAUAUGCGGAGUGGGCUGCUAAGAAGCUUAACAAGUUAGAUCCAGGUAUUGCUUCUUCCUAUGUGCUUCUAGCGAAUGCCUAUGCCAACCUUGGUAGAUGGGCUGAUGCUGAAAGAGUGAGGAAGAUGAUGAGAGACCGAGGGGUAACAAAAACUCCAGGUUGUAGUCUGAUUGAGGUGGGUGGUGUGGUUCAUCAGUUUGUGGCCGGAGAAAAUGAAGAACACCACCAAAUUAAAGAGAUCAAGUCCACGUUGCAUCAAAUGGACAAGCUUUUGAGAUUAGUUGAUCAAUCACCAACGUUGUUGGUUGCUGUUAACUCAAAUACUCUAGUGCUUAAAGAACCUUCUAAUGGUGGCAGCUUCUUGUCCCGUGGGAUCAAGAUGGAAAUGCGGAAAUUAAGAAUCACUUAUAAGUGA